UGCAUGGAGACUUGUUUAGUUUAUCACAUAAUGUUAAAUUAAAUGUAGCAUUGAGAUUGUUCACAUUUAAAUGAAGAGCGGGAAAAUGACAGUUUCGGCGAAGACCUAUAGGGAGCUACUUAAGCUGUGCCCGAAAGUUGGAGAUGUGAUUUUGUGGUGUGUGAUGUGUGUAAGUGUUUUUAUAUUUUACUUUUGUAUUCAUAUAUAACCUAACCCAAGAUGUUAAAUGAAUAAAGAUAAUAAUAUCUCUAACAGCUCCGCUGCGCUGCCUAAGAAGCUUAGAACUGGCACCUUCGGGCGUUAAAGUGAACAGCGUCAAUCCAGGACCUGUGAGAACCGAUGUUCUAGAAAAUUCCGGCGUACAAAACGCCGAUGCCGUGUGGGAAAUUCGCAAAACAGAUCUGACCUGAACAGGAUUGGAAAGUUCGAUGAAAUAGCUGGGCUCAUGUUAUAUUUGGUCAGUGACAGGGCGAGUAGCAUUACUGCGUCUAUUCAUGUGGCAAUGGUUUUUUGCUUAAAACUUCAUCGACCGUUCAGUGACGCCCUCAUUAGGGGAACUGUGUUUACUAAUAAAUCAAAUGAUUUAUGUAUAAAUCAGUAUAUUAAUGUUGUUGUCCUACUGAUCCAACUUUUGGUCUUUGUGGCAUAGUUUUACUUAGCUUUAUCUUAACAACUAAAUGGCAAAUAGUGGCCACAUAUUUCCAUUCCAAGCUAUUAUCUUAAUUAUUGUUUGAAUUAUUCGAGUGUAUCGAUAUUAGGAUGUUGAACACACACGGUGUUAUAAGAUAACAAUAGACAGAUAAGGGGACAUUAUCGCACUCGAGUUACACAUUCAUUCUAACAAUGAAAUAAGUACACCAGUUUUGGCCACUAGUUUGUCAUUCCGUUGAUAAAUUUCAAAGUGAUGAGUUUCUCCGGUAAAGUUGUGCUGGUGACGGGCGCGAGCUCCGGCAUUGGAGCAGCCACCGCCAUCUUGUUCUCUAAAGAAGGAGCCAGCGUCGCGAUUGUUGGUAGAAAUGAAACUAAACUUAGCAACAUUGCGCAGAAGUGCGCGCAAGCUGGAGUACAACCCCUCGUCAUCACAGCAGACGUCUCCAAUGAACAAGAAGCCAGCACUAUUAUCAAGAAAACGGUAGAUCACUUCGGAAAUCUUGAUGUUCUAGUGAACAACGCUGGAAUUAUAAGGAAAGCUUCUGUCUCUGAUCCAAAUAUUUUGAAAGUAUUCGAUGAAGUCAUGAACACAAAUCUGCGCUCUAUCGUUCAGCCGACCAGACUCGCUGCACCGUUUCUAGUGGCAACAAAGGGGAAUAUAGUUAAUGUAUCGAGCGUAGCAUCGACGAGAGUUAUUGCUGAGAGUUAUAUGUCGUACUGUGUGUCAAAGGCAGGCGUCGAUCACUUCACUCGUUGUGCUGCCUUAGACCUGGCGGCUUCUGGCGUGAGAGUUAACAGCGUCAAUCCUGGGCCGGUAAGGACGGACAUUUCCGAAAAUGCCGGAUUGGUGCCGCCUUGUGCUGGCAAUAUUACGUGGGAUUAUAUGAAGACAGUAACAGCUUUGAUCAGAGUGGGGGAACCAGAAGAAAUCGCUGAUGUAAUCGCGUUUCUGGCCAGCGAUAAAGCGAGGAGCAUCACCGGGUCUAUUUACGUCUCUGACAAUGGUCAAAUUCAAAAUUCAAAAUUCAAAAAUUUAUUCUGCAAGUAGGCCUCAAGGGCUCUUUUACAAGUCAAUACAACAUUUAUAGUAACAUCAUAUAGUGACAUGAAAAAUACAUAACAACAUUUAUAAAUACAACAGCCAAUACCUGGGUAAACAUUACAUUAUAAUAAUCUUAAAAUAAAUAAUUAAUACAAUACAAUAGAGAUGUAUAGUCUCUAUGGUUAAAAACACAUUAAAUCUGGAGAUGUAAAAGGUCCCCAAUGUCAGAGUACUAAUACUAAUAAAAUUUGGAGGUGUAAAGUCUCUCCAAGUGUCAAAAUAAAAUUUAUACUAAAUAAAUAAACCGCGUCUGGACUGUUAAACUAGCAGUCUCAUAAACUAAUGCUACAUUCUGUACAUAACUAGUAUGUACCAAGUCAAGUAUAUUAUACAAUAUGACAGAGACGUAUAGUCUCCACGGUUAAUACAUUAAGUUUGGAGAUGU